AUGAACGACCGCGCUGUCGCCGAGCGCUCCGGUGUGGGAUGGUUCGGCAAGAACACCAACAUUCUCACUCCGACCCACGGCUCCUGGGUGUUUCUGGCUGAGGUGGUUACCGAUCUGGAGCUCAGACCGGACCCUCCUCUCAAGAAGACAUGCGGUGAGUGUGUCCGCUGCAUUCCGGCCUGCCCGACCGACGCGAUCGUCGCCCCGUUCGUUAUAGACAACCGCAGGUGCAUAUCGUUCCUGACGAUCGAGCUUCGCGGCCCCAUUCCGCUCGACCUGCGUCCGCUGAUGGGCGACUGGGUGUUCGGUUGCGACAUCUGCCAGGAGGUGUGCCCGGUCAAUCGCAAGGCCGCGCCGAGCCGGGAGAUGGAGUUUCGAAAGCGGCACGACUUCGACGCGCCUGAGCUCAUCCCGCUGCUGAGCCUCGACGAAGAGGGUUUCAGGCAGCGGUUCAAUGGCAGUCCCAUCCGGCGCGCCAAGCUCGCGGGACUCCAGAGGAACGUGUGCGUUGCGCUGGGGAACAUCGGCGACACUGUGGCAGUACCGGCGCUGGCUCGGGCUCUAUACUCGGACGAAGCCCUUGUCCGGUCACAUGCCGCCUGGGCACUCGGUCAGAUCGGCGGCGAGACGGCGCGUGGGGUGCUGCGAACGGCGCUGCUGGAAGAGGACGACUCCGACGUGGCCGGGGAGAUUAGGGAUGCUCUUGCGCGGGUCACGAGCUCUUCGUGA